AUGGCCUCCCAGCGGAGUGGCCGGGCCGGGAGCGUGCUGCGUUGGUUCUCCACCGCGGUCCUGUAUGCCGCCUUCCUGGGGCUGGGAAUGACUGUUGCCAUACUGGGACCCACAUUUCCGGACCUGGCGAGAAACGUGAACCGGAGCGUCAGCAGCCUUUCCGACAUCUUCGUGGGCCGUGCGCUCGGCUACUUGUGUGGCUCUGUGGUUGGUGGGGUGCUUUCCGACUGCAUGAAUCAUUUUCUACUUUUAGGAAUGUCAAUGUUGGCUACCACAGUUGGUCUUUAUCUUAUUCCUUUCUGCAAGUCAGCAGCAUUACUGAUUGCCAUGAUGUCUGUGUUUGGUGUCUCAUUUGGCGCUCUGGAUACAGGUUAGUGCCUCCAACUGUUAUCACCAGGGAAAGUGGAUAAAAUUACACUGUCACCUGGAAAGCCU